UACUUUUUCAAACCAAUCUUCAUUUCUGAUUCCAACCCAUUUUCCAUCUUCCUUCACUGACUCAAAAAUUUCUAUCUUUUCAUCAUUUGACUCAGUAAUGGCCAAGAUAGUAGCUACGGUGGCGGUGGUGGCGGCUGCGGCGGCGGCGGUGGUGGUAGGGCAGCAAAGAAGUAAAGGGGGGUGUGAAAAGUGGGAAAAGGUUGAGGAGAUAUUGAAGGUGUUUGGUGAAGAGUGUGAGACAUCAAUUGAGAAGUUGAAGAGUGUUGCUGAAGCUAUGGUUGUUGAAAUGCAUAAUGGUUUGGAGAAUGAAGGUGGAAGUAUGCUCAAGAUGUUGAUCUCCUUUGUUGAUAAUCUUCCAUCUGGGGAUGAGAAAGGACUCUUUUAUGCAUUAGACCUUGGUGGCACAAACUUCCGUGCCCUUCGUAUCCAAUUAGGUGGAAAAGAGAAAGGUGUUGUCAAAGUAGAAACCGAAGAAGUUUCAAUUCCUCCUCAUUUGAUGACUGGUUCUUCACAUGAAUUAUUUGAUUUUAUAGCGACAUCUCUUGCAAAGUUUGUUAGUUCUGAGCCUGAAGAGUUUCGUCCUCUACCUGGAAGAAAAAGGGAAUUGGGUUUUACGUUCUCAUUUCCGGUGAGGCAAACAUCAAUUGCAUCCGGGACUCUAAUAAAGUGGAGUAAAGGUUUCAAUAUUGAGGAUGUGGUCGGAGAAGAUAUAGUUGGUGAAUUAACCAAGUCCUUGGAAAAAGUUGGCCUGCAUAUGCGCGUGACAGCUCUCAUUAACGACACCGUUGGAACAGUAGCUAAAGCCAGAUUCAGCAAUCAGGAUGUCAUUGCCGGUGUAAUUCUUGGUACCGGAACAAAUGCAGCAUAUUUAGAGCAUGUUAAUGCAAUUCCAAAGUGGCACGGUGUUGUACCGAAAUCAGGAAAGAUGGUUAUAAACAUGGAAUGGGGUAAUUUCCGUUCCUCGCAUCUUCCUCUAACAGAAUACGAUCAAGCUCUAGAUGCGGCAAGCUUAAACCCUGGAGAACAGAUUUUUGAGAAGAUAAUUUCUGGUAUGUAUUUGGGUGACAUUGUAAGGAGAGUACUAUUGAAGAUGGCUGAAGAAGCUGAAAUUUUCGGGGAUACUGUUCCUCCCAAGUUGAGAAUUCCUUUCAUACUUAGGACGCCUGACAUGUCGGCUAUGCAUCACGACUCAUCUUCAGAUCUAAAGGUGGUUGGAAAAAAAUUGAAGGAUAUAUUGGAGAUUGAUAACACACCCUUAAAAGUGAGGAAGAUUGCUGUGGAACUCUGCGAUAUUGUUUCUGUUCGUGGGGCCCGCCUUGCUGCUGCUGCUAUAUUUGGCAUCCUAAGGAAAUUGGGAAGAGAUACGGUAAAGGACGGGGAUAAACAAAAAUCAGUGAUAGCAUUGGAUGGAGGAUUAUUUGAACACUACGCGAAAUUCAGAACAUGCAUGGAGAGUACACUAAGGGAGUUGUUGGGAGAUGAAGCAUCCGGGACAAUCGGAAUCGAACAUUCCAACGACGGCUCUGGAAUUGGAGCAGCCCUCCUUGCAGCUUCUCAGUCCCAAUAUUUGGGAGUGGAAGAGUCCUGAUGAUGUUAUUAACACCAUUGCCAAAAGUAAACAGGUGUAAUAGUAGUUUCGAUUUUCUUCAUACCGAGUAGAUCAACCGAUUGAAAUGGCAAAGCCUUAGUUACCGCCCCUUCAGAGGUUUCAACUGGAGUGUGGCCGAAGUUCACGUUGAGCAUAUCGAUGGAGAUAUGCAUUCUUGCUGCAACCUCACUGCUUCUUGGAUAAUUGCCAGGGCGUUGUUUUGGUUACAUAGUGUUUGUCUCUCCCCCUUUUAAGAAUAAUAUGGGAGAUGUAAACUUUUGAAUAGUGAUGUUUUGCCAAAUGUAACAUGUUUACAAGAAUAAAUUAGGAUUAACUUAUUGGCAAAGGUGAAAGAUUUUAACGCAUAACUUUCAAGUUAUCAAUGAAGAGUUCCUUUUGAUUAUUAUGAUACA